AUAGAUACAUUCUUUUCAAUUAGACCCAGUUAUUAAUAAUAACACAACACAAUAUGAGGUAGAUACAGAAUACUUUUAAUUUACACUCGAGUGUAUAAACGAAAUAUUUCCCAUGCUGCCUCUGAAGAGGAAGCUGGUCUGACGUUUUAUUUUAAUCAUGGUGCCGCUGGGGAGGGGACGAAAAGAAAGUGCAAGCAGCCUGAAAAACAGACAGGUUCGGCAUCUCAAACACACUGAAAACUGCAGAGCUCUGACGGUGUCCUGGCACUGAACUGCAUCGGAUCAUGGGUGAGAAUGGCCCACACAAAAACAACCUGUAUUUUGAGGUUGAGGUGGAAGAGGAUGAGCUGACCCAUAAGGAUAAGAUGGUAGAGUUUGAUAAGAAUGGGCUGCUGCCCUCCUCCUCUGGAACAGUUUAUGACCGGACAACUGUUCUCAUUGAACAGGACCCUAUAAGCUUGGACGAUGAGGACGAUGAUGGGCAGUGUGAGUCCCACAGCAUGACGUUUUUAGCCGAGGGAUCUGAGGAAGGGUUGACUUUCAUGGCUGAUCAUGAGGGAAUGUCUCAAGGAUAUGUCCAUCACACCAUCUCUCCGGAUCAAAUCCAGUUCAUUAUUAACCCAGGUUCUACUCCUAUGCCAAGGAACAUAGAGGGAGCGACCCUUACUCUACAUUCAGAGUGUCCAGAGACCAAGCUGAGAGAGGUUAAAAGAUAUCAGUGUAUGUUUGAAGGCUGCACGCGUACAUACAGCACAGCAGGGAAUCUGCGGACUCAUCAGAAGACGCACCGCGGGGAGUAUACAUUUGUCUGCAAUCAGGAAGGUUGCGGCAAAGCUUUCCUUACCUCCUAUAGCUUAAAAAUUCACGUCCGGGUCCACACAAAGGAAAAGCCCUUUGAAUGUGAUGUUCGGGGCUGUGAAAAGGCAUUUAAUACACUGUACAGACUGAAAGCACAUCAGAGGAUUCAUACAGGAAAGACGUUUAACUGCGACUCCGAAGGCUGCACUAAGUACUUCACUACACUCAGUGACCUGAGGAAGCAUAUACGAACUCAUACAGGAGAAAAGCCAUUUAGGUGUGACCAUGAUGGCUGUGGCAAGGCCUUCGCUGCCAGUCACCAUCUUAAAACUCACGUCAGAACGCAUACUGGAGAAAAACCUUUCUUCUGCACCAGUGGUGGCUGUGAGAAGACGUUCAGUUCUCCGUACAGCCUGAAGAGUCAUAUAAAGGGUCAUGACAAAGGACAGCCUUAUGGGGGAGCACUCAGUCAUUCCUUAUCAGAGGAUGCAAAUCACUCACUUUGCCUAAGUGAUUUAAGCUUGAUUUCCACAGACUCAGAACUCAGAGAGAACUCAAAUACUUCCCAAGGUCUGGAUUUAAACAGUGUUACACCGGUGAGGGUAUUUGAGUUGAUGUUUCAGAGCCCAGAAAACAGUGUUAAUCAAGAUGACUCUCAACAUGCAGAUGCAUUGAUUGAAACGUUCAACUCUGACAAUCCGACUGGAUCUCCUGUUCAGCCUACUGUUGCGGACUCCUCUUCGCUUUUAUCUUUUCCUGUCCAAUAUCCAACGUCAUUGCAAACGAAUGUGUUGGAGCCUUCCCAGCCAACUCCUCCACCAACAACUGCCCUUCCAACCGCCUCUGUUGCCAACAGCCCACAGCAAACCCUGUUUGGGAAUGCACCCAACGUGUUGCAGACAACUGAAGUGCCUGUCCCAUCAAGCUCACAACAGUACCCAGCCAGUCAGCAAGACUUCCUUCAGCAGGCUUUGCCUACACAGCCCAUCUCGCAAGGACUUCCGGUGGUAGCGGGAACUAGUGCCACUGCUAGCACAGAGCCACUGCCAGCCAUGGGGCAAACCACUGUGCCUUUAGCUGCAAACCCAGUCUUGACUGGUAACCCAACUAUAGCAGUUGCCCCGACUCAGAGCACCAGCAUUCUCCAGCCAAACAUUGUAAUGGCGGAUCAGAACCUGCAAUGGAUUUUAAAUGGUGCUGCAAACGGCCAGCAAAAUUCUGACCAAUCGCAGCAAGGUCCUAAGGUUGAAAAAUUGUUUUUUACCACGGCAAUACCAGUGGGAGGAAUUUCAGGAAACCCAGUUCAGCAGAUCGGUCUCAGCGUUCCGGUUAUCAUUAUAAAGCAAGAAGAAUCCUGUCAGUGUAAGUGUUCUUGCCGGGACUCUGCUAAAGAAAAUGCAGCAAACAAGAAGGACACGUCUCCUCGUCCUCCUCCCCCACCACCUCCGCCUCCACCUCCCCCUUUGAAUAAGGAGGACCUCCCCACACCUUCACAGAGCUCGCUCCAGCAAACAAAUCCUGAAUCCCCACCUCGGAUAGCCCCCUCUGCUUCAGAGGAACCCAGCAGCCGAACCCAACCGCUAGACCUCCAGACAGACACCUUGAUAAACAUGGACAUGUCCGACUUCCUGUCUCUACAGAGCCCGGAGACUCGAUCUCAUAUAAGCACUAUUGAAGCACUGCUGCUGGUCGCCGAUGAUUUUAAUGUUGGCGGAAAUAGCAGUAACAGCUUCUCCAAGUAAUGGUCUCUGUUUCUUCUUCGGUUUUGGAGGUUUGCGUCACGAGAAGAAGUCGGUCUGCAUCGAGGGGCUUUUUUUAUUUGAGGAAGGAUUUUUUUUUUGGUGUGUUUUAUAGAUUUUCAUUACAAACAAGCAUUUUGUAAAGUGAAACCAUAACUAGAUAGACAGAAAAAAAAAAGUUCAUUAUUUACAGUUGCAGGCUAUUGGGCUGUUAAAAGAAGAAAGAAAAAAAGUACAUUCCCAGAAACAACAAUUUGUCAUAUGUAACAUUAAUAGAUGUAAUAUUUUAUAAUACAGCACCCUGUAAUGUUUGCAGUACUAAAUAAAUUAGGCCUAUGGUCCUUUAAAUUAUUCUAACCAUCUAAGAAAAAUAUAAUAACCUGUUAAUAAACUCUUGUCUUUUUUUUUGUUUGUUUAAAAAAGGGAGAUUGAGGCCUUUAUAUCUACAAGAAAAUCUGCCUAUUUCAAAAUUCAUUUAACAUGAUCUGUGUUUUACGUUUUUAAUUUAUAAAACUGUAUUUCUCUCUUAUAUUUUUGUUUCUCUAGUUACAACAUAUUGACAAUGGAAUCUGUUGGCAGAAAUCUGAAUUCAAAUAGUUUAUUGCUAAUGGCUUGCUGU